AAAGCAGACUUUUUUUAAUAAUAUAACACAAGACAAGACGGAAGUAGAGAAAGGAAAAAAGAGAGAAUGAAGGGGGGCACGAAAAGUCCGAUCCAGGCGGUGUGGUCAUGGGUGAGGAGGCAACCACCGAAGGUGAAGGCUUUUCUGGCGGUGGUCUCAGGCAUGGCGGCUUUGGUUCUGCUGAGAUUCAUAGUCCACGAUCACGACAAUCUGUUCGUGGCCGCGGAAGCUGUUCACUCAAUCGGGAUCUGUGUUCUCAUCUACAAACUCAUGAAAGAAAAGACUUGCGCCGGAUUGUCACUGAAAUCUCAGGAGCUUACGGCGAUCUUUCUAGCAGUUAGGCUGUAUUGUAGCUUUGUAAUGGAAUAUGAUAUACACACCAUCCUCGAUCUGGCUACUCUUGGAACAACUCUCUGGGUUAUUUUUAUGAUCCGUUUUAAGUUGAGGGCUAGUUUCAUGGAGGACAAAGACAACUUUGCUCUCUAUUAUGUGCUUGUGCCGUGUGUUGUGUUAGCUGUGUUGAUCCAUCCAUCGACCUCUCACAACAUAUUAAACAGGAUUUCUUGGGCUUUGUGUGUGUACCUUGAAGCUGUUUCUGUGCUGCCUCAGCUGCGCGUGAUGCAGAACACCAAGAUUGUUGAACCGUUCACGGCGCAUUAUGUCUUUGCACUUGGAGUAGCAAGGUUCCUUAGCUGUGCACACUGGGUUUUACAGGUUAGUUUUCAAUCAUCAUCAAGAUUGGUUAAGCCAAUUGCAAUCCUUUCGAAUGCUGAAAGAUGUUUAAAAAAAAUGUUGUAUGUGUUGAAAAACAAGGUUGUGGACACGAGGGGAAGAUUGCUGGUGGCAUUGGGAUAUGGAUUGUGGCCAUCAAUGGUUCUCAUCUCUGAGAUUGUUCAAACUUUCAUUCUUGCUGAUUUCUGUUACUACUACGUCAAAAGUGUAUUCGGAGGGCAGCUUGUUCUCCGGCUUCCGUCUGGAGUAGUAUAAGUUUUAAAAAAGAAAGAUAGAAAAUACUCCAAUGAUGAUGUAAGGUCCGAUGAGCUUGCCUAAGUCAGGAAAGGCUGCUCUAUUUUCUCUUUACCCUCCUCCGGAACGAAUUAAUUUUACUGUGUUGUAUAUUUUUGACUAUUAAAGUUGGUUUCAACGUCUUU